AUCUCAUGUGAGGUUGUUCUUAUCUGUCGAACGAAAGUGCUGCGCCAAGCGCGAGCGGGAGAAAAACGAGUAAAAAAAAUAAUAAUACGAAAAAAAAACCCAUCUGUGAUACGUAUUAAGCAAAGUUUUAUCGUGAACAGUUUCAGUGUGUUGUGAUUGUCAGUGUGGAGUGGUUGCCGUGAUAAUUUUAUAACCAUGAAGCCACUAUUUCCAAUAGUGGUCGCCAUCUUGGUGAUAACGGCAAACGCUCACCCGGAGAACAUCGAGGAUAUUAAGGUACUCCCCCAAACCAAGGAACCGAUCGUAGAGGCAGAAGCCAGCGAGCCGCAACCCAGAACCGAGCGUUGCACAGCAUGCUCCGGCACUCUUAGUCUUAAGUCCCCCAAAGAACUACUAGCAGCCAUCAAAACUUUGCCCAAUGCUGAGGUACAUACCCAGGAAUCCUUCGAAGGUUGUUCCUCAGAAAAAGGCUGCGCAGGCAUCAAAGUUAAAGAUGGAAAGGUAAUCCAAAAAUUCGGAAACCUUCAAGCUUUCAAUGCAGCAGCUAACGCAGAUACUGCAAACGAGUUCCAAUUCCAAGCAGCUGGUAGCAAUGUCUUCGAAGGUGGAGUCCCGAACGGUGGUCCUUUCUGGUGGAUGAAUCAGAACUCGCCGUUCAAAAAUGGCGCAGCCGGUGGUGGGUCUUUCGAGAAGUUCAGCAAGUCUUCUUCAAGUUUUACGAGCUCAAGUAACGGUGCUGGGGGCGUGGAUUUGGCUGCCAAUCCUUUCUUAAACGGUGAUUUCUCGAAACUGGCGGGUGGAGCUGGGUUCUCUGGUGCUGGUGGUAAUUUCGCCAGUUCCCAAAGCUUCGAGUCCUCGGCUAAGGAGAUUGAUAUAUCGAAGAACCCGUUCUUAAAUGGUGGUGUGCAAGCUAAUGGGUUUGGUGGGCAGAGUGCUUUCGGAAGCGGUUCACAGAGCUUUGGUGCUAACUCUCAAACUGGUUUUGGAGCGCAGGGAAGUCAGGCUGCUUUCGGAUCUCAAGCUGGUCAAGCUGCUUUUGCGGGCCAAGGAAAUCAAGGCUUUGGAGCUCAGGGACAGCAAAACUCUUUCUCACAAGGAAGCCAGGGCAUUAAUUCCUUCAACGCUGGCAGCAAAUUUGGGUCCGGUUAUACCGGAUCCUCUCCUGCCCCAUUCGCGGCUCCAACUGGGUCGAAUGUGAACUUGAUUCAGAAUUCCCAGAAAGAGUAUGACUUUGAGCAACAGCAACAGACUCAGCAGAAUAUUGACGAGGUGUUCCAGAGUACUGGAAACGUGAAUGCCCAUGAUAAUUCUGAUGGUGGUUUGCAGCAAACCUGUGCUGGGCAAGGAUAUGUGUGUGUGCACAAGUCGCAAUGCAACAACGGAGUGGUCAACACUAAUGGAGGUGGUCUCCUUCAAGCUAACACUCAGAAGCAAUACUGCAACACCAGGACUGAAAUCUGCUGCAGGAUCGAAACCUCAUCACUCUCUGGUCAAGGAAACCUCCAGGGUUCCCUCGGAGUUGGCUCAGGAACCUUCCAAGGAUCAGCUUCUCAAGGCCAGGAUAUCUUUAGCCAGUCAGGCUCAAGUCAGGGCAGCCAGAGCAACUUUGGAGCUUCAACAGGCUUCGGAGCUGGUCAGACAGGAUUCAGUGCUAACAGUGGCAGCUCAAAUGCCGGCUCUCAAUUUGGAGGAUCAUCGUCUUUCAACUCCAACCAGUUUGGAUCAUCAGCUUCAGGAUUCGGCUCAACCAUCGCACCAAGCCCUGGUCGUUUUGGAAACGCUAACUCUUUCAACAAUGAAGUCUUUAAGCAGACCAGUCAAUCCAACUUUAUAGAAACCGAUUCAUUCUCAGCUGGAUCUGAGAACGCUGGUUCCUUCCGUCCUGGUGCAGUUGGCUCAGGAUUGAAGCCUGGUAUCCCUUACCUGCCACCUGUAGACACUGUCACCAGUCCAUCCAACGUCCCAACUCCUGCUUUCGUAUCUACCCAGCGGCCGUUUACGACUCCUAGGCCAGUGACGACCAGAAGACCAGUGACCAGGCCCACAUACUUGCCACCUUCCACGAAGGCACCUGAAUAUCUGCCUCCUGACCACGAUACUUCUAACAGCAAUGUGGUACAAAACAAAGUGCCGAACUACACAGAUGGAAACUUGAUUCUUGACUUCUAUCCCGAACCAACUGGUGGAUCAGUAGUAUCAGAUGUGCCUGUAGGCUGUGCUGCAGCCCUGAAGUGCACACCCAUCGAGUACUGUACCGCGGAAGGCGUGAUCUCCAACACCACAGUUGCGCUCACCAGAGACCAACAGGCUUACAGAGUACCUUUGACUGACUGCAAAGACCUAGCAUCAGGCCGCAUCGGCAAAUGCUGCCGUGACCCCCUCUACACUGACCCCUGGCCAACAAACCAACUCGGCAAAUGGGUUCCCGGUGUCUUCGGGGGCAACGAUGGUAAAUACGUUCCUGACAGCAGCCGUGGCGGUUCCAACAACCCUCCUGGAGUGACCGUCAGGCCACCAACUACUGGAUCUGUGUUUUUGAACAACUUCAGAACUACCCCCAAGCCAACUCUACCUCAAGGCCCUAACCAGGUCACUCCUGGAUUCCCUUCAUCCACCCCUGGAUCCUUCGUCCAGAAAACUCGUUACGACCAGGGAACAUACACUCAAGGCGGCCGAGGAUCUUACAGCCAGGGAGGUCAAGGUCAGGUCACAAUCCAAGGUCAAGGACAGUAUGAAGUUGCUGGACAGGGUAACCAAGGCAAUGUUGGACAAUUUGGCCAAGGAUUCACAAAAACAACUCAAGGCUUCGGUCAGAACGGACAAACUGUGAUCCAGGGACAAGGAUCUUAUGCCCAGGGUGGUCAGGGCACACAAGUAAGCCAAGACGUAGGCUUCGGCGUAACCCAAGGAACCGGCCAAGUGGUCCGCCAAGGUUCAGGAGUCGCAGUCAACCGCGGCCAAGGUUUUGGAGUCACCCAAGGUGGUGGCCAGACUGUCUCCCAAGGAUUUGGAACUACCAUCAGACAGGGACAGGGCUCCAGAGUCAACCAGGGACAAGGAUUCGGCGUAACUCAAGGACAGGGCUUCGGUGUUAGCCAGGGACAAGGAUUCGGUGUCACCCAAGGUCAAGGUCAAGGAGUCGUCCAAGGUCAAGGUCAGGGAGUCAUCCAAGGUCAAGGACAGGGUGUGAUCAGAGGACAAGGAUUUGCCGUAACUGGCGGCCAAGGACAGUACACUUCCCAAGGACAGGGCUCUCUAGUCUCUAGAGGAGAAGGAACCGCUUACAACCAGGGAUCUGGAUUCGGUGUGACCCAAGGCACUGGAUUUGGUGUUUCUCAAGGAAACGGUUUUGGAGUUUCUCAAGGAAGCGGAUUCGGAGUUAGUCAAGGAAACGGAUUCGGAGUCAUCCAAGGUCAAGGUCAAGGAGUGAUUCGAGGUCAAGGUCAAAAGUUGGUGCAAGAAGGAGGAUUCUCAGUGCAAAAUGGAGGUUUUGGAGUGGAGAACGAGUUCAGUGAAUCCAUCCAGAGGGUUUACCUGCCAAGAUACAGCGGUUCCGGAGAGUGCGGUAUUUUGAACCCCCAGAAACCCUAUGGAAACCGCAAAGACUUGGAGGUGGACUUCGCAGAGAUCCCCUGGCAAGCCAUGGUACUUCUGCAGACCAACAGGAGUCUGCUAUGUGGUGGAGUCAUCACCAGACCCGAUGUGGUGAUCACCUCUGCUAGCUGUGUUGAAGGAUUGGAAGCCAAGAACGUCCUAAUCAAGGGAGGAGAAUGGAAACUUGGUAUCGACGAGGAACCUCUACCCUUCCAAAUAGUCCAGGUCAAGCAUAUCCUUCGUCAUCCCUACUACAAGGCUGGUAGCUACCUCAAUGAUGUGGCCAUCUUGGUCCUGACGGAGAACUUGAGGCUGGCGAAGAAUAUCUGGCCUAUCUGCCUGCCAUCGUCUACUGAUACCUUGGAUGCUUUCUACAAUGGUGCUGGAGAGUGUAUCGUGACUGGUUGGGGCAAAUCUGUUCUGCAAGCACAUCUCCUCGGCAGCAUAAUGCACAGUCUAAACGUCUCUCUCCUGAACCCUGGCGAGUGUGAAGCCAAGAUCAACCAGGACUACCCUCAUCUGCUGGAGCAGUAUAACCAGGACAGCUGUGUCUGUGGACAGCCUACUAACCCCGCUAACAAUAUUUGCAAGGUCGACAUCGGCAGCGCUCUGGCCUGCACGACUGGUGACAACCACUUCGUACUCAGAGGCAUCUACUCUUGGGACUCUGGUUGCCAGACAGGAAACCAACUAGCCUCCUUCUACAAGUUCGACCUUGAAUGGUACGAGUGGGCCAUCGGCCUCAUCGAGAGCGUUCGCUUCUCCCAGUUUACCACCACCAAGGUCACAAAGAACAAACUCAUCAGCCAGGUCUCAGGAGUCAAGUCUACUUACGGCUCCGGCAUCAAGGGAUCCUCAGGAGUCGGAGUUAAGGGGUCAGUGUCUUCAGGGGCCACGGCCAUCUCAGGAUCAGGAGCUGUCGGCAUCAAGGGCUUCGGAAUUGAAGGUCAAAGCCAAUCUGGAGAGUUCAGCCAGUUCGGAACCAACUUUGGAGCUGGAUCAACGAAAUUCUCAGAAUCUGGAGAAUUCGGAACUGAAAUUAAAGGACCUAUUCAGAAGACUUUCAGCGCUACUUAUUCUGAAAAGAAGUUCUUCCAAACUGAGCCUAAAAUUGUCACUUAUACAACAAAACCCGAAAUAGUGACUUUCACAACCAAACCCGAAUAUUUUACUUACACUACCGCCCCUAAAUAUGUGACUUACACCACUAAGCCCGAAAUUGUCACUUUUACGACAAAACCCGAAAUUGUGACUUUUACGACUAAACCCGAAAUUAUUACUUAUACCACUAAGCCUAAGAUUGUGACUUAUACAACGAAGCCUCAGAUUAUAAGGUAUGACUAUCAGACUUCUGGAAGUCAGACCAACCAGCAGGUUGUAGCCCCAAGUUCUUUCAAUCCAUCUUUCUCAGAAGUCGUAGGGGCUUCGCACGUACAUGACGCAAAAUGCAAAUGUCUUGAAGGCAAAAAGUAAUUUUUUUCACAAAGAAUUUUUCUAAUUGGUAACAAAAAAUAUGGAGGACAAGUGCCAUAACAGAAUUCCCCGAUUUUUUUCUACGACUUUUUUUACGUUUAAUAUUAUUUUUAUUGAUUUUUUUUUUUUACGUUUCUUUGACAGUACAAAAAUGACUCCAGUUCCUAAGAAAGAGUUACCAUUUUUCUGGUCACAAAAAUAUAUUUUUUGUUUUUUUCUAAAUAUUUUUUUUUGGAAACUACGAGUGUAAUUUCUUAAUUCUUUUUUUAUUUAUAAAUAUUGAAGAUCUGUAAAUAGGUAGGAUUAUAUUUAAUUUUUCACGCGACCUAGUAUUUUUUAACGAAACUGUAUUUAUCGUUUAUUUUUAUUCCCCGACAGUUUUUUUGUAUUUUUUUAUUUAAAACGGCUUUAAUUUUUUUUAAACAAAAAUAUGCCAGUUAAUUUAAUCCUUAAAAGUAUUAAUUUGACAAAACCCCCGCUUUGUAUUUUUUUAAUACACUUUAUUUUACCACUAAGUAUAGCAAAAUAAAGUACCUACGUAAUGUCUUUUUAAGAAAAAAUUUGUCAAGAAUUAGAAAUUUGACCAUCUUGGAUGAAGUUUUUUAGCCAAAAUGGUCGACUGUCUAAUAAUAUUGGUAUUUAGUCGUAAAUUACUGACUUCGCUGAUUUUUGUCAUUAAAUAAAAAGUUAAACACCGAAAUUGGAAAAAAAAUAUUUUAAUUUUUUUUUUUUCAAAAUUUUGAUUAAAAUCAGCGAAAGUAAGUAAAACUAUAUAAAAUAAGUACUUUUUUAUAUUACGAAAAUAUUUCACAAUAAGUAUUUAGUCAAAAUAAUUAUAUUAUUAUGUAUUGAUAUGAACCCUUUCUUUCUAAUUAUUGUCUACAAAUUAAGAUUAAAAUAAUUGAAAUAAAUGGAGUUUACAAAUAACA